CUAUUAUUUUGCUAGGACUCCAGUACGAUCGUCGUCGGCUGUCGCAAAGCUGUUUGCACUCCGACCUUUCCCUAGACGAGUUCCCUCUACCCAACGACUACUUGUGCGUCCCUUCCGGUGGAAGAGACAGCCAAUCCUACCUAGCACAACCUCCGGUCAUUCGUCCCGAACCAUAGCCAUGGCAAACAAGACCUUCAAGCUCAACACCGGCCAGGACAUUCCCGCCAUUGGGUUGGGAACAUGGCAAUCCGAGCCGGGCAAGGUUCGCGAGGCGGUGGUGCACGCGCUAAAGGCCGGGUACCGGCUGAUCGAUUGCGCGUACUGCUACGGCAACGAGCAGGAGGUCGGGCAGGGUCUGGCCGAGGCGUUCGCGGCGGGCAUCGUCAAGCGCGAGGAGGUCUUUGUGGUGACCAAGGUGUGGGCGACCUACACGACUCGGUGCGCGCUGGGGUUGCAGAAGAGCCUGGAGAACCUCGGGCUCGAGUAUGUGGACUUGUUCCUGGUGCAUUGGCCGCUCUUGAUGAACCCUGAGGGCAACGACGACCGCUUCCCCAAGCUUCCCAACGGCGAGCGCGACAUCAUCCGCUCCCACAACCACGUCGACACAUGGAAGCAGAUGGAGGCCUUGCUGGCGACCGGCAAGACCAAGGCCAUCGGCGUGUCCAACUAUAGCAAACGCUACCUCGAGCAACUCCUCCCCCACGCCACCGUCGUCCCCGCCGUCAACCAGAUCGAGAACCACCCAGCGCUGCCCCAGCAGGAGAUUGUCGAUCUCUGCAAGGAAAAGGGCAUCCACAUCAUGGCGUACAGCCCGCUGGGCAGCACGGGCAGCCCGCUCUUCACGGCCGAACCCGUGGUCAAGAUCGCCGAGAAGCGCGGUGUCAAGCCGUCGACCGUCCUGUUGAGCUACCACAUCCCCCGUGGCAGCACCGUCCUGGCCAAAUCGGUCACUCGCGAGCGGAUCGAGGAGAACCUCAAGCUGAUUGACCUGGAUGCCGAUGAUAUGAAGUUGCUGAAUGACUGGUCGGACAAGCUGACCAGGGAAGGCCAGCUGAUGCGGUUCGUGUACCCGCCGUUUGGCGUGGACUUUGGGUUCCCAGACAAGUCAUAGACAGGGCUGGGUUCUUGUUAUGUGCGAAAUCGGGUUGAUAGACGAGAAAUAGACGUCGUUUUUGUCUGCAAU